AUGUUCCAAAAUCGGCACCCCGUAUGUGAACUCCCAAGUUUUUAUGUGUAAAUUUUAGGGCUCAAACAAUCAAAUGAAAAUCCCGGCAAUACCGGAAUAUCUGGACAGAUUGCGAGAGGAAUACACUGUGUUGCAGCAGCAGUUACAAACCUUCCGAGUAGAUGUAGAGAACAAACAAAAGGAAUUAGAAAAUCUUCAAAGACAAAUGGUGACCUAUGUUGAGCUCAUAAACCAAGCCCAAUUCGAGGUUACGAAGCAAACCGAGAUCGUCAAACGGCUAACCACAAUAUUGCAACAUUUUGUUCCCUUGUUGCCGAUGGAGCAUCAAGCUUCGGCGAUGCAAGCGGUCGAGCGUUCCAAGAACAUUACACCACAGGUAUGUCCGUAUAACGUCUUUUCAUCUUUUGUAUUAAAGGAAAUGAUGCAAAUUGUGAAUUCCCAACAGAAUCCCUUGAGUAUGAUGGGAAAUAUGGGUGGUAUGAUGCCUCCCGGCUUUAAUCCUUUUAUGCCCAUGAAGCCAGAAGAUAUGAAUGCCUUUGCUGCGCAAUUGGCAGCGAUGAAUAACAAGUUCCCAUUUAUGCCGGGUAUGCCUCAUCCACUUCUUUCUGGGAUGCCCAAUAUUUCUGCAAGCACUUCAAACGCGGCGACGUCCAACGCAGCGGCGGCAUCUUCCGAGAAUCAUAACCGAACGACUUCUGUAAAUAACUCUCGUCCUCAAUCGAGCAUCGGUACACCGAUGCCAAAGAAACCGAAGGCUGAAGUAGACGACAACGAUGUGGAAUUGGAGAUAGACGUCCAGAAUGAUGAUACUGGCCACAAAACCAACGGAACUUCGUCAAAGAUCAAAGAUGGGCGCGAGAGUGCGCAGUCCAUGUCUUCUAGAGAUUCAUCAGCAACUCCGAAAUCGUUGAAACCUCAGUCCUCUUUCCAGAAUAAUAUGAUACCCGCCCUUGGAGAACUUAAUAAUAUCUUUAAUUUUGGUCCCAAUCCGCAGCGAAAUCUUCUCCUUGGUGGAUCUCUGGGGAUUGGAGCAGGGAAUGGAAAGCCUCCCUACGCAUUCAAAUUAUCCGAUGGUCAUCCUGCACAACCAGUCCAGUUUCCGUCCGAUGCUUUCGAUGGUCCAGGAGUCCCAAAGUAAGGAAUAAACACCUUUUUAAUUUUUCCUGCUUUAGGAGUAUGAAUAAAUUAGCCGAUCUCGCACACGGUGAUGUUGUAUGUGCUGUGACUAUCGCCCCGGGUGGAAACAAGGUUUAUACUGGUGGGAAGGGCUGCAUCAAAGUGUGGGACAUCUCAAAACCCAAGGAAACUACCAAUUCGCCAUUGGCUAAACUCUCUUGUCUGGAUGAUCAAUAUAUCAGAUCUUGCAAGCUUCUAUCUAAAAACAAUCGACUACUUGUAGGCGGUGAAUGUAAAAAUAUUUGUAUAAUCGACGUCGAAGUAAGUUUCAACAAUCUUAUUUCUGGAAUCUUUACCGUCUUUUUAUAGAGCGAGAAAGUAGUUAAGACAUUGGAUUGUGAUGCACAAGCUUGUUAUGCAUUGGUGGUAUCUCCAGAUGGGAAACAUUGCUACUCAUGCUGCGCUGAUGGUAAAGUUGUGAUUUGGGAUCUGGAUACUUUUGAACGCAUCGGAGAUAUGAAAGGCCACGAAGACGGAGCAAGCUGCGUCGAUUUGGCUUCAAAUGGAUCAGUGCUCUGGACAGGAGGUCUGGAUAACACAGUAUGUUCAUGGAGCGUUGGCGAAAGAAAAUGCAUUAAAAAAUUCGACUUCGACACACAGGUAUUACAAGUCUAGAUGAAUUUAUUUGCUUUUUUAGGUGUUCUCUCUUAGCUGUUCACCGGCGGAUGAUUGGGUGGCCGUAGGGAUGGAAAACUCCAAGGUGGAAUUAGUGAAUCCCAAAGACAGCGACAAGUAUGUUCUACACGAGCACGAGAACUGUGUUCUGUCACUUAAGUUUGCUCAUUCGGGGAAAUGGUUCGUCUCUACUGGUAAAGACAGUUCCUUGAUUACAUGGCGUGCCCCCUAUGGAGCCAGGCUGAUCAAGACGAAACAGGAGACAUCAGUGCUUUCUUGUGAUGUUUCCCUUGACGACAGGUACAUUGUAACUGGCGCCGGUGACAAGAAGGCCAUACUAUACGAACUUUUGUGUUGA